CUAUCUUUGUUUUUCUUACUCCCAUAUGUACUGUUCCUUAGAUGAAAACAGUAGAUAAAUAUGUCUGUUUUACGGCUUUACUGUACCCCAUGGUCCCACCAUUGUUUAAAGUUUAUUAGCUCUAAUUUUUUUCAUACGUAUUUUUGAUAUUGGUCAAACAGCCGCAUGUACAAGUUGAUAGAAUGCUAGAAAGUGGUAUGGAAGCGCAAAAGUGAAACAGGCGGAGCGACUGGGUUAGCCACUCCUACUCUCGUAUCAGUAUUUACGAAUGUGAUAAGAACUUAAACAGUUAAAAACUAUUAUUUGAGAAUGGAUGACAUACGUAUACCUCCUUCCACUCUGACCAAUUAAUCCCUUCCAAGUGUCUUCAUGGAAGAAUACUCUAUACCAUAUGCAACAUAGAAUAAAUCGUGCAUCGAAUUUCUCUGUGCAUCAGCGAAUCGAGAUGUGCGCCGAAAAAACACCACGUAUACUUUCGAUACAGAGUCAUGUGGUAUCUGGUUACGUGGGUAAUAAAAGUGCAAUAUUUCCACUACAGUUGUUAGGUUUUGAAGUAGAUGCAAUUAAUUCUGUUCAAUUAUCUAAUCAUACUGGAUACAAGGUUGUCAAGGGUCAGAUAUUAAAUGAUAAAGACUUAGAGGAUCUGGUGGAUGGUUUAGCACAAAAUAAUUUAGAUAAUUACACACAUUUACUCACUGGAUAUAUUGGUUCUGUUUCCUUCUUGAAAAGUGUUACAGGAGUAAUUCAAGCUUUAAAACAAAAGAAUCCUAAUCUUAUAUAUGUUUGUGAUCCUGUUAUGGGUGACAAUGGAAAAAUGUAUGUUCCUGAAGCAUUAAAAGAAAUUUACAAGACAGAGAUAGUACCACUAGCUGAUAUUAUAGUGCCAAAUCAAUAUGAAUUAGAGUUGCUAACUGAUGUAAAUAUAAGCACAAUAAAUGAAUUGAAAUAUGCUAUAAAAAAGUUACAUCAAGCUGGCCCUAAAAUAAUAAGUGUUUCAUCAACAGAAAUUAAUGGUAAAUUGACAGCAAUAAGCAGCACAGCAAAAGAUAAUUCAUUAAUAAAAAUUGAUAUUCCAAAAAUACCAACUAAUUUUACUGGUUCGGGAGACCUUUUCGCCGCGUUAUUUUUGGCUCAUACGUACUUGCAAGAUAAUAUGGAAGACGCCUUUGCGAAAACUGUGAACACUUUACACAGUGUCUUACUCAAAACUUUUGAACUUUCAAACAAAUGCCAAGACGAGGAAUCACAGCCUGCAAGAAAAAUUGAAUUACGCUUAAUACAAAGCAGGAAACACAUAGAAAAUCCGGAAGUGCAUCUACUUGCUGAACCUCUUUAAAUCAGAAAAAUGUUAAAUUAAAUAUUGAAGUUAUAUGUAUAAAAAAUAUAUUUACAUA